AUGGCACCCAUCUUCACUACACAUUACAUGACCUGUGUACUAGACAGGGCAUGGGUAUCUGAAGAAUCUCAAAACCUAGUCCUGGCCUUCGAUGACUAUGAUAUUGUGCAGAAUUCUUUAUUUAGUCGAACCUCAGCUCUGCAGAAAGUCGGCAAGCCACACAUGACAAAGUGGAGGAUAUCAAAUCUGUUUUUACCUCCUGGAAAUAUGCCAAAUUGUAUAGAAACAAACAAUUGCCCUAAAAGUAAAGAGGUCAUCACAGAGCCACUGUGUCAGGUCGUACACAUCAUGCCCUGUAUGAGGAUUGCUUACACAGGAGAUGUGCUGAGCAAAGGCCGGAACCCCAGAAGAAAACAAGUGCAGACUCUGAGCAAAGCUGCCCUCAUCCGGAGCGUGAACCCGCUGCCACUGGGGUCUGGGUGAUUGGCAAUGAGCUCUGUGAUGUCCGCGUUCAUGAGGGAGCUCCCUGGCUGGUUCCUGCUUGCUGGGGUCUUCCUACCUGUGACUUUGCUGCUUCUCCUUCUCAUCGCCUACUUCAGGAUCAAACUGAUGGAGGUUAACGAAGAACUGUCGCAGACCCCCCAUCACCAGCACAAACGCAAGGCUGGCUCUUACCUGUACCAGAGGACGAAAAGAACAUGACUUGGGGACGAAUCCAUGGCUGAAGCACAGCGAAAUUCUACCGGUCAUUCUAACGGUCAAUGGCUUAGCUAAUAAAGUAAGUUCAUAAACUUGAACAACGGCACCAAUAGAAUACUGAAAAGCUUGUUCUGAACCACUUUGCAAAGUGGCAGCUAUUACCCAGGGGGACGUCUAUGAGACUCAGUUAAAUAGCAGUUUGUCAGAGAGUACCAAGAAUACAAGAUUUUCCUGGAUGUGCACUAUGGACUGGAUGCUUGGCAACUUUUUAACUUUUAUAUGACUCUGUCUACUCUGAAGGACAGUUUUUUAAAUAAAAUUCUUAGGUAUCUUUAUUACAUAAUCCCAUGGAAGGGUAUAUUAUUCUGAUUUUAUAGGUGAAGAAACUCUGGUAGAGAGCAAAAGGACAGCAAAACACGAGUGCCUUGAGAGUUCUGUGGAUUUCCUCUGCAUCAGUAUUCCCACUUCCUCCGCCUGCCACAUAGCAGCUCUAAAAUGGCGUCCUUCCAGGCAUUACUUCCGGCCCUGAGUUUGCUUCUUUCUCUCCCUUUUCCAGCUGAUUUCACAAAUCACACCACACUUGUGAUGACGCACAAAACAAGUGGAGUCUCUCCAUACUAGAUCAGCCGUGAAGGCAGUUUUCAGGAAGAAAUGGCUUGGGAAUACUGGCAAUUUCCUGGUGGGCGAAGGGAAGAACAGGACACGCAUGUACUCUCAUAUGGAGAAUAGCUCAAACAUUUGCCUCUAAAACCAAACCUUCAGGGAGCUAUUUAUAAAUAUGGAAAGAAGUCAACAUUUCACCAGCGGAAUUCCUUUUUUUUUUUUUCCAGUGGGAGCUCCAAGGACCCAACAUAGAUAACCAAAAAGAAACACUAAUUCAAAGCGGUCAUUAAAACAGAUUGAGUACUAUGUAUGUGCUUUCCACAGUUUCUUAGUUAAGACCAACAAAAGAUGCUUCCCAUGUCCUAAAAGUGAGUCUGGUUAUAGUCUAAUCUUUGCAUGUGAAUCUAAUAAGCUGUUAGAGCGAUUAACUUCAUAAAACGUACUGAGUUUGGUCACCUGUAAGAAAUGCACCAACUUCGGUAGGGACAUACAAUCUUACGAAAAAUUGUGUAAAUGACCAAAAGCAAAAACACACCACUGGUGCUGGGUAUUUUCUUAGCUACCGCUCUCCCCACUCCAAAUUCUUCACAUGCAUCCAGAGUCAUCAGUCUCCAUUUGCCCUUCUUGCAUAAUGUAAAACUCAGUGUUUGAAGACACUCAUUCUGUGUUUUAUUGCAUUUGAUUACAAUGGAACUGUCUGCUGGGGCUUUCAGACUGAAGUAAUUUAAAAUAACAGUGUUCAUGCCAUAUGGAAGGAAUAAUAAUAUUCUAUCAGUUCUGGGAGGGAUCUCUUUUUAGCCCCUGAUGGAAAUCAGCUUAUAUAAAAAUGCUUUCUUUAACAGAAGGCGUGAAAGGAUGCAUCGUAUUCCCAGCUGCCAGCCAAAUCUGUGGUUUGGCCACCAGGGUUGGCUCCACCUUCUUCUGGAAAGAGGGGAGGCUGGCUUUUGGUUCCGGUGGAGGCAAGU